CGGAUUUACUUCGUCUGGGUAUUUUUUUGCGCUGUUGAGAAAAAAACAGAGAGAGAGAGAGAGGGGGAGGGGAAUUGACCGUUGAAACACCGGCGUAUCGGAAUUUAGGGUUUUGAGGGCUGGAUUUGGGGGUUUCUAUGGGGCUCGGCAGUGAUGAAGAGGUUGUGGUUGACGAAAGCGAUGGCGGUGGCGAUGGCGGUGGUUGUGGUGGCAACUCGUGCGGAGGCUCUGUUUCCUGCUCGAUUUGCCUUGAAGUCGUCGCCGAUAAAGGGGAUAGAUCUUGGGCCAAGCUGCAAUGUGGGCAUCAAUUUCAUCUAGAUUGCAUUGGUUCAGCCUUCAAUGUAAAGGGGGCAAUGCAAUGCCCUAAUUGUCGGAAAAUCGAGAAAGGUCAAUGGCUUUAUUCUAAUGGAUGCCGUUCAUUUCCGGAAUUUAGCAUGGAUGACUGGACACAUGAUGAGGAUCUCUAUGAUUUAAGUUAUUCUGAAAUGUCCUUUGGUGUGCACUGGUGUCCAUUUGGUAGCUUAGCACGACUUCCCUCAUCAUUUGAGGAAGGGGAGUUUUCACCACCAUCAUAUCAUGAAUUACUUGGACAGCAUGCUAUCUUCGCUGAGCAUACAGCUGUAUCAUCUGCUGCCCAUCCUUGCCCAUAUAUCGCUUACCUUGGGCCAAUUCACCCUUCAUCCUCAAACUCCAGUGGAAAUGUGUCAGAAGCUUCCAACUUCAACCAUCAUUGGAGCAGCACAUCUGUACCUAGUGAAAUGCCCAACUCCUAUGCUUUUCCUGCCAUGGAUCUUCAUUAUCACAGUUGGGAGCAUCAUUCCCCGCCUCCAUUCUCUACAACCAACAAUCAUAUUGGUGGCGCCGACCAGGCUUCAGUUCCAUCUGUUACUCAAAGAUCUGCUAGGCCGAGCGCAGAUAUACCAAGAUCAGGAUCUCUUAUGCAUCCAUUCCUUGUCGGUCACAGUGCUAGAGCUGGCAGCUCAGUCACUUCGUCGAUGAUUCCUCCUUAUCCUGGCAGCAAUGCACGGGCCCGCGACAGAGUCCAAGCUCUUCAGGCAUAUUAUCAACAGCAACAACCUAGUAAUUCACCAACCAUGCGUACGCCCAUAGUUCCAGGAGCCCGGAGAUCCAGCAGUCAAAGAGGGGUAGCUCAAGUAGGGCCAGUGGCUUCAUCAUCAGACCAAAAUGGUGGUUUCUAUUUUUUCCCAUCCGGUUCAUCAGGUCGUAACUACCAAGAAGCUGAAAAUCCGUUGCCUAAUCGUUUUCAUCCAUGGGAAAGAGAUCACAUGCCUUCAUUCUCGAUGAAUCAGGUAGACCGAGAUCAAGGUUGGUCUGCUUUUAACCAAGGUGGCAGUGGUUCAGACUCAGCCAUCAGAGGGAGCAGCUUCCGGCAAAGGCAUGGGUCCGAGAGGUCAUCCUCACAAAACCGGUCAUAGG